UCGGCCUAAGGACAACUCUGUUCAGAUUGAAUGAAAAAAAAAUAUGCGCGUGGUUUCAUAACACGUCAAGCUGGCACAUAUACUAUUCCAACAGGUUUUGCUGCGACUAUCGCCAGCUGUGUCUUUCAGAUAUUUAUCAACAGCGGUUGCUAACAUGGCGGACGUAGCUGGUAUGAGAUCUCCAUAUCGCAGUACAUCAGACACAUUUGACCUGGAUGACCUAGUUUCCAAAGAUCCAUUUAAGCAGUUUGAGAACUGGUUUGAUCUAGCUCGCUCUCAUCCCCGAAUUGAAGAGGCCAAUGCUAUGGCUUUAGCUACAGCUACAAAAGAUGGUAUGCCGUCUGUGCGUAUGGUGCUGAUGAAGGGUUACGACCACUCGGGGUUCCAGUUCUUCACCAACCACGGCAGUCGUAAAUCAUCAGAAAUUAAUGAAAACCCAAAAUGUUCUAUCAUGUUUUACUGGGAACCACUCAAAAGAAGUGUGCGAAUAGAAGGCAAGGUUGAACGCAUGUCAGAAGAAUAUUCUACGACCUACUUCCAUUCCCGACCACGGACCAGUCAGUUAGGGUCCACUAGUAGUCAGCAGAGUACAGUUGUGGAGAGUAGGCAGUGUCUAAAGGACAAAUAUGAGGAACUGAUAGAGGAAUACAAAGAUGAUGACAAAAUUAUUCCUAAGCCAGUCUUUUGGGGAGGCUACCUGGUAAAACCUAGUUCCUUUGAAUUCUGGCAGGGACAGACUAACCGACUUCAUGAUCGACUCAAGUUCCGUCUACAGAAAGAUGAAGAAGUUACUGACCCUAAGUUAACACAUGUUGCAGAUGAUGGUUGGGUAAUCGAACGAUUAUUGAUAUUUUUCAGGGGAGGCUACCUGGUAAAACCUAGUUCCUUUGAAUUCUGGCAGGGACAGACUAACCGACUUCAUGAUCGACUCAAGUUCCGUCUACAGAAAGAUGAAGAAGUUACUGACCCUAAGUUAACACAUGUUGCAGAUGAUGGUUGGGUAAUCGAACGAUUAUCUCCAUGAUAUUCUUGUGAAAGAAGCCAUAAAUAUACCAUAUGCUAAAGUCCUUAUCAAUUCCAUAUGCUAAAGUCGUAUCAAUUCCAUAUGCUAAAGUCCUUAUCAAUUCCAUAUGCUAAAGUCCUUAUCAAUUCCAUAUGCUAAAGUCCUUAUCAAUUCCAUAUGCUAAAGUCCUUAUCAAUACCAUAUGCUUAAGUCCUUAUCAAUACCAUAUGCUAAAGUCCUUAUCAAUUCCAUAUGCUAAAGUCCUUAUUAGAGACUAAGCUAAGCAGUAUUACAUGUACAUUAUUUGUAAUUAACUUAUUUUUUAAUAUGUAAACUAAUUACAUUCUUGCCAUUUUUUUUUCAAAUUGUCAUUGGGAAGAUUGUAUCAAAAGUUUGAGUCUCAGAAAGUGACGUUUGUUUUGAUAUUCUAAUACAUUUUUAGUUAGUUGAUUUUUACCAAAUUUAGUCUGAAGUGGGUGAACAUACUUCGUAUACAGACUCUGUUCAUUCAUCUCAGUUAACCAUAAAUAUUCACUGCAUGAUAUUGUAGUCCUCUUUAAUGAUUAAAAUCUUAAAUCAGUCAUAAUCUCCUUAUACCUAUAUUAUCAGUCUUUACAAUGUUUGAACAAGUCCUGAUAUACCAUAUGUCUACUGGUACUGAACACGAUGUAGUUCUUCAGAGAAGACGGCAUUGUUCUAACAUAUUUGUUAUACAAACAUUCUUGACAGGCCUUUUUCAACAGACAUAUUUUUUUAGAUUAAAAACUUUUUUUUUAUAAAAACAUAUCUAGCCUUUUGAUAUUCAUUUGAUAUAUUUAAUUUGUAGUUGGUUAUCAGAAUUUGGAAGUACAUGUAAAUGCUUAGCCGCCUUUCAAUCACACAGAAUUCAGACUGAAGAACUAGGAAAAAAUUCCUUAGACAAAAAUUCCUGUAGUUGUAUCUAAUUGUGAUAACAGUGUACACUUCAUUAAUUGAUUUCAAAAUGGUUACAGGUGAAUCUUUGGUUGUUGGUUAAGGCUUUCAAAGUGUGUCCAUAUUAUAUGUUGUACCCUAUGUGACAAAGUAGAUAAUUAGAUCAACACUGCGGAAAUGAUGAUUUAUUAAAUACUGUCUUCCAUAGGUUCCUGUACACUUUGCUGACAAUAUUUUUUAAAUUCAGUAAAAUAAUUAUUAUUAUUGUGUAUUGCAAUUUUUCGUUUGAUAUUAUCUUAUCAUAAUGUUUUUUAUAGUCCCAUUAAUAGUCGAUACUGUUAUUGAUGAUCUACAAAUCCUCAAAAUACAAUAUUUUUGCAAUAUUACAUCUUUUUAGAAAUUUUGUUAAAUAGAGAGCAUAUUCACAGAAUAAAGUAAGUUCUGAAGGGAUAAUUAAAUGUGUGAUGUAAUGGUACAUCUUUCAAAAAAUUAUGCAUUUUUGGAAUAUCUUGGAAAAUAGGUGAUCCUCCCUGAAACUUCAUCAAGGAUGGGUGAUUUUCAUUAAAAUUAUCCCAUUGUCACUGACAAAUUAACGAUAUUAAGAAAUUGCAAAGCUUAAGGUUGUGAUGCAUUAUAAUAAUUCAACCGGUCAAAAGAGUGUAUACUUUUUGUAUUUAUAGCGGUGUAUACUGUAGUUUGAAUGAAGAAAUAUAAACUUUUAAAAGUGUUGUAACAAUGAAGUUAUAAUUAGAUUACAUUUUGUAUGAUAAUGUAAUCCUGUACCAGAAAGUUGUCAUUAUAUCUCAAUAAAUGCAAUGUAACUUCUGAUAGGAAGCUGAAUAGAUGCAUAUCGUAGAAUUAAGGUGCCUGCUAAAUGUUCAUGAGAUUAGUAAUUAUUCUCCUAGAUUUGAUUUUAAGUUGGAAAUGAAAUUCAUUUAUAGAGUGAAUACACAUUGAUAUGUCUAUGGUAACAAAUGCUUACUACUUUCUGUAGAAUUCUUGUAAUAGGAGUCUGUCUCUGUUUGAUUUAUAAAUGUUAUAAUUAUUUAUAGCUUUAUAUCUAUAGCUUUAGUUUCUUGGUCUAUUUGUAUAAAUUAUCAACACCGUGUUUAAUUGAGUGUGUGUGAUAUAAAUGUCAACCAACCAUACCGAUCUCCUGUUAAACUGUUUACGGUCUCUCUGUUUUAAAGCACACUGCCGGGUGUGCAGUUAAUGGAGGAGAUGUUUGUUCUUUACUGAUCUCCUUUUUUGUUGUUACUGCCAAUUAUUUAUUAAACAAAAUAUGUUACCACUUUAUUUAUUAUCCCUUUUUCACAUUUCACUUGAUUGUAAAUCACAUGACAAAAUACUGACUCUAUUGGCUAAGCACAUGAGUACUAUGAGGGAUAGUGUCGCUCCUUUGUUCACUAAGGAACGGACACUAUUCAUUUUUGGUGCAAGAUUAGAGGUGAAUCUGUUGUGACUUCACUGUUACUGUUGUGAUAUUGAUGCAGAUCAUGGCUGAUGCUGCAGUGGAUGUGGUGAAAUAUUCUGUUGAAUAUUGCAAUUAACAAAGUAAAUGAAGUGUGAUUUACUAAAAAAAACUAUUGCCUUCUUUUAAGGGCACUAUAUGUUCUGAUAUCAAGAUGGAAUAGUACCCUCACCUCCGGCUCAGAUACUAUGCCGUCCCUUGACAACACUUUCAGACCAUAAUGCCCUCACAUUAUGUCAUCCUUCGACAACAAGAUCAGAUCAUAGUGCCCUCUACUAUGCCAUCCCCCAACAACACUAUCAGGACAUAGUGCCCUCAGAAGAAGGCAAUGGUGUAAAAAUAUAGCUGUGUUUACCCUGUUCAUGAUGUUUUGAGGAAAUCUCGUGUUUGAAUAUGUAAAAAUGCUAGUUAACCAGGAAUACUCAGGGUGUACCAUAUCUAAAUAGGAAAAUAAACAUAUUUUGUGUAUGAUA